GAAAGGGAACACGGGGCGAGCGCUCCUCAGCUGGCCAGAGCGGCCGCAAUGGGCCGCAAGAGACGGAGCGGUCUGUCCGAGGGCGCCUCCCCGGGCGCUGGCCCCGCUGCGGCCCUCAGCCUGGCCGAGUGCUUGUGCCCGGUCUGUCAGGAGCUACUGGCCGAGCCGGUGACACCGCCGUGCGGACACUCGCUGUGCCUGGGCUGCUUCCAGCAGACGGUGGCAAUCAGUAACCUGAACUGCCCGCUCUGCCGCCGCCGCCUGUCCAACUGGGCCCGGGGCAAGGCCCGAGACGGCACCCUGGUGAACGCGGAGCUGCAGGAGCGCAUCCAGCAGCAGUACCCCCGGCUCCAGGCCGAGGAAAACAACCACCGGGAAGUUGACAGAUUGUGUUCACGACCUCAACUGUGCAAACCCGGUGAGGUUCGGAAGGAGUACGAAGAGCAGAUUAGUAAGCUAAGGGCAGAACGUCAUGCUCGUGAUGAGGAGGAACAGCGAGCCAGUGAAGACUUAAUUCAGAAAAUACUGGCAGAGGAGAAGGAGCGACUAAUAUAUGAGGAAAAGCAGAGGAAGGAAGUAGGUGAACAAUUAAAAAGAGAUGAAGAGCUAGCUCAAAUGCUGAGUAAAGAAGUGAAUUCAACACAUAAGACCCAUCCAGAAAGCGUGACCAUUCUUUCAAGACGCACUUCCUUGAAAUCUAAUUCUUCAUCUGUCACCAAGGGAAAUAGAUUGAUUCCACACAGUCCCAGUUCUACGGGAAAUAUACAGAAGUACUUAUCUCCCACUUAUCAGAAAAUUCAAAAAGCUGAAAGCACUAGGUCGAGAAAUGAUCCUUCUGCUGUAGAGAGUGAAUCUACAGAUGCAGAUGAUAUAAUUUCAAAUAGUGACUCAAUUUCCAGUAUUUCUCUACCUCAUUAUGAAGAGGAGCAGGAGCCAGUCUGCAGUUCAGCCCUACCACCAUUUGCCCAAUGUAUUGGAAGAGCUAGCAUGGCAGACAUUAGAGAUUAUCAGCAGGAAGAUGAGAAUGCUGGUAAGCACAGUCCAGGGGGUGAUGAAAGUGAGAUGGUGGGAGUUUGCAGUGGUGAACAGAAGGGCAAAGAGAGCUACAAGGAAGAUGUACUACUUGCAGAAUUGAAGAUUAACUCUAUCAACAGCCAUGGUGAAGGUGAUCAGUUAGAUUUUGCAACUCUGUCAAAUUUAGGUAGCAAACGUGAUCAUGCACGCACCAGUGCAAACUGCUUUGAUGUAGAUAGUCCAAACUAUGAAACAGUAUGCUAUGAUGAUGAUCUUGAAUUAAAACAAAAGUCAUGUCUAAAUCAAGGGUCAAAAUACCAGGUUGGGAACCAAGCUCCCAUUAAAUUUCAAGCAUUUGUGAAAAGAAAAACGUGGAACUCCUCUGAAGUAGAAGGAGAAACUUGCUCAACUGUUAAAAAGAGAAAGGUCUGUCCUAAUGAAGCCUGUGAAAGCAUUGAACUCUCCCAAGGAAUCUCUCAUGAAGAGCUACUCUUGGACUGGGAAAAAAGUCAAGCUGAGAAACUCAGGAUGGAAGAGCAGGACAGAUUGCUGGCAAUACGCAUACAGAGGAAACUCGAUAAGGAGAUGCUCGUUGUUAACAGAAAAAGGGGAUCACCUGAUGAAUAUCUGCUUCGGGCCAACAAAUCGUCUAUAAAUUGUGAGAAAAGGAUACGAGGAAAGGAACAAACUUCUAGAAAGUUGCAGACAUUGCAGUCUGGCUACUCGGCAGUAGGUAACAAGAAAAGAGAGUGCUCAGAUUCUUUUGCUAUAAGCAAUCGGAAAAAUAAAAGCUGGACAGUACGCAAAGUUAAAAAUCAAAGGCCACUUAGAUGUAUGGAUGCCAACUCUGCAGCAUUGAUUCCUGUGAAGGAAUUGAGCAACAGUAGAAAACAACAGACUAUUGUUGAAAUGUUCCAGAAGCAUGCAACUAAUUAACGGCAUUUGUCAAAACUCAGUCAUUAUUUUAAUUGUCAGUAUAUUAGUUGAACGAAUGUGGCUUUCAUGCUACUGUUGAGCUUGCAUUUAUUUGUGUAAUUUGGUUCUUUUUUGCCAGGUUUUCCCAUUCGUCUCAAUUGAGUUUUGUAAUAUUAUGAAACUUUGCUGUAGACUAUGCCCACAGCUUUCAUUCACCGUUAAAUGUAUUAAAGCAGUCUUUUUCGUUAAGAGCAUUGCAUGUUAUACAAUUGAGCUGUUUGUGAAAUUCAAAAACUGAAUUGAUUCUGUAGCUUAUCUUUAUUAACAUCUGAGAUGUAUUAUCUUUCAAUUUGGGAUCCUGAAUUCCUUUUAAACCAAAUAACAUAUCUUCAAAUACUGCAUUAAUAAGAGGAAAACUUCACAUAAUAGUGCUGUGUCAUAUUUAUGCCUGGCCUCCUUGUAGUUUGACACUUGUGAUUUGUUUCAUCUGUUUAUACAAAAACUCAAGAAUGCCAUCUUUCAUUUCAUCAUGAAUCUGAAAUGCCAUAGCUCAGUAUUCUGUUCAAUAUAAUUGCAUUAUCCUUCCUUGUUUAAAAGAAGCUGGUACCUAUAAUUUGUCUUUAUCUGUGUUUAUAUGGAUGUGUUCAAUAUUGUUAAAACUUGUGAUAUUUGAUUUUGGAUCAGUUUCAAGUAGUUUGAUUAAUAAAGAAAAGCAAACCAUUCUGGAAAUCUAAAA